AAAACGCCAUUGAUAUCUGCAGACAUCUUUCAGAACUUUUUCAACACCUGUUUUCUCUUCACCCUCCAUUCGUCUCCCUUCUCUUUGCCACUCUCAUCACCUUUCUCAAAGCUAACCCUAGUUAAAAUUCUCUAAACCCAACCCACAUGAAUCCACAUUACUUAACUAUACCCUCACCCAGAAACCCUACCCUUGUUAUUCUCUUUCUAUCUUUCAAGAUUUUUCUUUAUACCCACCACCCAAAUCCAUUGUUGUCGCUUUGUGAGAUGAUCAUUAGGGUAAUGUGAGUGUUAUAAUAAUAAAUAUUGGGUGCUAAAGAUCAAAGAUGAAGAAGGAGAAGGAAUGGAAGAAGCACAAAUGUCAAGCGAAUCAGGCUGUGUGAUCAUCAAUUCCUCUUGCUAAAAAUAGAAAAAAGAGAAAGCCCACUUCAAAAGAACCAUGCCAUAAUUCAUCCACCCACUUUCCUCCCAGCUUUCUCUUUAAACUCCCCAUUUCUUGACUGCCGAGCGUCGAUCACCGGUAGUGUUUUGAUCUGAGCUGGCCUGUACAUAGAGACACUGAAAUCCAAACACACACAGCAGUCUGAGAAAGCAAAAAAAGGGAAAGGGAAGGAAAGGAAACGAAGGUUGGGAAGGCUAAUGAUGAAGGAACAAGCGGCGGUUCAUGAGAAACCCGAGGCGCGUGCUUGGGUGGCAGGUGGAGAUGGUGUUGCUGCGGAGGGGGACAAGGUCCGUGGAGGGUCGGAUCGGAGCUGGGUUGGCCAUGGUGGUGACCUUGUUUCUAUGGUGGGUUUUGAUGUUAAAAGGAAGAAAAGAAUGCCAAGACAGAGGAGACAGUCUUCUUCCAUCAACUACCUUUUCUCUUUUCCUAAUACUGUUACUGUUUCUUCUUCUUGCUGUUCAUCUUCUGCUGCUACCACUUCGCACGUGCCUUCCUCCUCCCCUCUGCACCACCUUCCCUCUUUCCCAACACGUGUAAUCGAUCAAAGAAGAUUGAGUUUUCUCUUUCAAAAGGAACUUAAGAACAGUGAUGUAAGCUCUCUCAAGAGGAUGAUACUCCCAAAGAAAGCUGCUGAGGCUCAUCUCCCUAUUCUUGAAUCAAAAGAAGGUAUUUUUAUCAGCAUGGAUGACUUGGAUGGUCUACAUGUUUGGAGCUUCAAAUACAGGUACUGGCCUAAUAACAAUAGCAGAAUGUAUGUACUUGAAAACACUGGGGAUUUUGUUAACACGCACGGAUUACAACUAGGAGACUUCAUCAUGGUGUAUAAAGAUGAUCAAAACCAGAAUUAUGUUAUUCAAGCUAAGAAGGCUUCUGAUGAAGAUGUAUAUGGUAAUAUAUCUACGACUGCUGUUAGCGACAUGUCGCUUAACGAUUACGAUCAAGUUAACAAAUGCAGCUCAUUUUACAUGAACUAUCCAAUGGUAGACAAUACCGGGUUGUCGUUCAUCUACGACACAACUACCAACUUCUCCGACGACUCACCACUUGAUUUUUGGGGUGGAUCACUGACUAACUAUUCAAGAAUGGGGCAUAUGGAAAAUAGCUUUGGAUCAGUGGAGAGCUUUUCGCUUGACGAGUUCAAUUAGGUUUAGUUAAUGUAUAUUAUUAGGUAACUGAAUUUUGUUAAUCAAACUUGGCAGUGCACUGCCUGAAAGUAAAGCAGUGUAGUUUGUCUAAGUGCCUUAUAUAAUGUAAUAAAGAGCAGCAACUAGCAUGCAAGUAUAAUGCUUGUCUUGAAUUUACAAUGUCCAACAAUGCUUGCUUCUUUUGGUCUGAUUUUGAGAAUU